AAAAAAUAAGACAAUGUAUUGGGGUAUAAAACAUUUCGGAAUAUCAACAUAAAUGGAAAUAAAAAGUGUGUGUAAUAUAGCAUAUGUCAUACGUCAAGUCAAUGGGUCCAUUCAAGUGAAGGAGAGUGAGCUGCAUCUUUCAAUAAAUCCACACUUUCCUGCUGUACACUGAACCUUGUCAGGCAAGUAGCAAACAGGUUGCUACAGAAAGAGGGUGUGAACUACAAUAAAGACGAUAAUGGGGAUAUAUUGGAAGAUGGGAUUGAACCUUAUUCACUUGCACACAUUUUUUUUACCACAAGCUUUCCUGUUCCACCCACAGAUACAUAUGAAAUUGUAAAUAUGGUUAAGUAUUGUUGUAAAACACAAUCAGAUGUCCUGCAUAUACUGUAUUUGUGGCAGGUGGCUGUGCAUGCUGAUUAAUACUACUCUGCUGGUUGCCAUAUCUAAUCUAAUCUAAUAUAUAACUGAUAUCUCAGUCUAGAUCAUUUUCUGUCCCCCUGUCUCACAGCACCUCACCACACACAGAUGACUCUCCAUCUGUUCAGGUAAAAGACCUCGUAUUGGAACUCCAGAAUCCACAUUCCAGUCACAGUUUAGCUCCAGCCAUGCUGGGAGAACCAGCAGCGGCAAACGUGUGUGUGUGUGUGUUGUCUGCCUCUCCUCUCUCUUGCUGCACCGCCACUCUGUUGUGCUGCAGUGGAUGCUCCAAACAGUGCGCUCGCAACUCAUCGCAGUGGCGGUCGCAGCAUCUCACUGACAUUUAACCGCCUUUCUAACCCUGGUGGCUUUUCCGCCGUCACUUAUGAACAGUUUGUCUUAAUAAAUGAAAAGGCAAGUCAUAGGGAAGUCUGCAUACAGGGGGAGAGCUCAGGAAGUCUAUAAUUUAGUGUACCUUGCACAUUACUGUGUGAUUUUCUGCUGUCCUCUGUGGCAAAUCAGCUUGUGCUCUUAGAUGCCUCCUGCUUGGAGACACUUUGCCAGAAUCACUGUGCACACUGUGUUGUGAACCAGAAGACCAUCAGUAUUCAUGGUCACUCUCGCCGUACUUCGAUGAGGAAAGCUACUCCCCUCCACGCAAAAACAUGAAGGGUCUAUCCGGUGGCCGUCCCGCCCACCUGCAGCUCACCUCUCCCACCUUCGCCCACACGUGUGGCUAUGGAGAUGUUGACCAUCCCCUCGAGCAUCAUCUUCACCACGGAGAUUCACGGCCCCCGCACUACCUCCUGAGCCCCACCGAGAGCUGUCCACUUGAAGGUCGCCAUCGCUUCUCCCCGAGGAGUUCCAUCCACUCGGAGUGCACGGUAAUGCCAGUGUCCAUGGCGCCUACGGACCACUCCGUCUCAUGUAGCACUUUUCCACGCAUGCAUUACGGAAGCGCUUCCCGGGACAACGGGGGCAACCCCUCCGGCGGCAGGGAUGACAGUUGCUCUUCCUCGCACGGCGGCAGCGGCAAAAUGAACCGAAUCCCAGCAAAUCUACUUGACCAAUUUGAGAAGCAGAUGCCACUUCACCGAGACGGCUUCCACACAUUGCAGUACCAACGCACGUCCACCACAACAACAACGACAGAGCAGCGUAAUGAAAGCCCCGGGAGGAUCCGUCACUUAGUUCACUCGGUGCAAAAGCUAUUCACAAAGUCACACUCUCUGGAAGGUUCCUCCAAGAUGAACGGUACCAAAAGCGAUUCGCAUCGGGACGGCUCGCACCAUCAUCACCACCACCAAGGCCAUCAUAAUAAACACAACAAGCGCAGCAAGAGCAAAGAUCGCAAAGGUGACGGCAGCGGGAGGCAGCGUUCAGGAGGUUGGUGGAGUUCGGACGACAAUUUGGACAGCGACAGCACAUACCGACCGCCGAGUGUCAUGUCACGACACCCCGUGGACCAAAUGAGUCACUGCUACCCAGAUUCAGUGCACAGCCACUUAGCGGGAGACUUAUCGCUAAAGACUUCCAAAAGUAACAAUGAUGUCAAGUGCUCAGCAUGUGAGAGCAUCGGCAUGGCACCGGAAGGCAAGUUCAUGAAGAGAAGCUCUUGGUCUACGUUGACAGUCAGCCAGGCCAAGGAGGCCUACAGGAAGUCUUCGCUUAAUCUGGAGAAGCCCAUGACGCCAACAGACCUCAAGUCCAACCUCAGGCCGUGUCACUAUCUUCAGGUUCCCCAAGAUGAGUGGGGUGGUUAUCCUGGAGGAGGAAAGGAUGAUGAGAUCCCUUGUCGGCGGAUGCGGAGUAGCAGCUACGUCAAAGCCAUGGGAGAUGAAGAGAGCGGCGAGUCGGAUUCAAGUCCCAAGACAUCGCCCCAGAAGUUGAUGCGGCCAGACGCUCUGGUCAAGGCCAUCAUCAGACCCCGAGAGAUGUCGGACUCCCAGAGCUCUUAUCGCCUGGAUAAAAUCAACAGUGACAUGCGUAACUACAUCACCAAUUUUGCUGCAGACUUGAGUCAGAGCUACCAUUUGCAAACAGCCAUGCACCCGAGCAUUGCCCUGGACCCCGCUGCACACUACAACUCCCCCAAGUUUCGCUCCAGGAACCAGAGCUACAUGCGGGCAGUUAGCACCCUCAGCCAGGCCAGCUGUGUUAGCCAAGUCAGCCAGGUGAGCGAAACGGAAAUAAAUGGCCAAUUUGAAUCAGUCUGUGAGUCUGUGUUCAGCGAGGUGGAAUCACAGGCCAUGGACGCGUUGGAUUUACCAGGCUGUUUUCGAACCCGGAGCCACAGCUACCUGAGAGCCAUCCAAGCCGGCUACUCUCAAGAUGAUGAGUGCGUCCCUCCCAUGGCCUCCACUGUCACCUCCACCAUUAGAUCUACCACAGACAGAAAUUAUGUGCAGGAAGACUCUUGUUUACCCAAGCAAGCCAGGGCACAAUGGGAUGUGGCAGCAGAUAAAACUCCUUUGGCACAUGAUGAUCUAGGCUGCCCUGUCAGAAGAGACAGGUCUUUCCACCAAGAUAACAUGAUGGCUACAGCCAAACCUCAGUCUGGACCACCAGUCUCUCCGAUUCUCUUCAGAUCCCCGAGACCUACUGAACCAGAAAGGCCUUCACCAAAAGCCAUUCAGGCCAGUCUUAAAGAGUCAGCAACAUUGGCUGCGGCUAUUAGCAUGCAAUGGAAGGAGGAGGUCUCUGCCAUGCGUCUCGAGCUAGCUGAACUCAGAAGGGACCUCUGCAAAGAGCUACGCGCUUUCAACAGUAAUUUCAACACAUUCACAAAGCAUUACAACACAUGGUCUCCCCAAAGUUGUAAAAUGCCAGCAGGGCUGGGUUUGGGUGGAGGGGUUGGGGCAGAGUCGAUGACAAGUGCCUGUGCAGGAUUGGGUGGUGAAGGAUUUGGAACCUCCAGAGCAAAUCAAAGCACAGGAGGAGCUAAGGAGAAAAUCAAGCCCGUAUCUAAAGUUUCCGUUGGGACUCAGGCUAGAAGCAAAGCAUUGGUGCGGCAAAGCACCGCAGAUGCAGCUGUCAAUUGUCCAGAAGAGGAGGAAGAAAAGAAAGGGACACGAAAAAAACUCCCAAAGCAGCUUUCUAUGGAUCCAAGCAUUCUUGCACGUCCACAGUCAAUGUAUGUGGAAAGUGCCAUACCACUGUCCUUGGAUCCAGUGAUACCAUUCUCUGCUAAGGUAAUGAAAAUUAAGCCUUUGGAAUUGCCUGUAGGGCCCUCAUUAAAACCAGAAACAGAAUUGGAGCUGCCCAACCAGGAUGCUGCAAACUUAUGGGGUCCUUUGACGAAAGAGCCACUCACCUCUGAUGGGGGCAUGCAGCUUGCAGAAAUAUCCCCUGAAAGGUUUAAGAAUUUGGUAACAGAUAUGGCAAUUACUCCACAGCAAAGCCCUUCAAAUGAGAAUGACUUGGAUACUAAACCACCUCAUCACGUUGAAUUGAAAUCCACCGAACUGGACCUCAUCAAGAGGGAAAAUAUCUGCCUACCAUAUGCAGUCCCUGUUGUUACAGUUUCUCCGCCAAAGGAGCAUGAGUAUGACAAUACAUCAGAUUCUGAAUUCCCAUUUCAUUUUGCUGGAGACAAACCUGAAGAAAAGCCAGUGUCGAGAUUGGAAGAGUCAAGGGGAACAGACCCGAGGGGAUCAGAACCAAAAGCUGUAGACUUACCCAUGGUAUCAACAUCUAACUUGAUUGAUAACAUCCAGAUGUUAGUUCAUGAUGUACCCAUAAGUUGUCAAGACACCAUUCCAUCAUGUAAUGUGGAGAAAUGUCCUUCCAUUGUGAUAACAGAGUACGUAGACACAGAUUCUCCAGAAAGUCCAACCGACUGUGAUCCAAAUCUUGACCCCAUUGUGUCUCUUCCGGACAGUCACACUAGUCCUGCCUCGGCGAAAAUGCAACUGGAUUCAGUUUUUUCAUCUAAAUCUGCACCAACUCAACAAGACACUGAACCAGAGUCGGAAGACUCAGACUGGCCACCCCUUCCCGAACCACUUGAUAGCACCCCAAUAUAUCAUGCUGAUCUGGUUCACUUUGACCUAGUCAUGCUGACUUCUCUCGAUCAAGACGAUCUUGAUUCAGUGUUCAUGGACCCUGAACCAGAGCCAUUUGUUGCAAGUAUUGACUCUCCAUCUAUUUUGGACAUGGACAAUCCUUUCACCCAAUCAGAUUGUUCCCAGAUACUUAGUGCUGACUCUGCCACACAAUGCCCUUUGGAUCAGUCGUUGUCAGCAGAUGCUGUCAGUUUUAAAUCAGCUCCAGAGUUUUGUUCAAAUUCCGGGCAGCUUGCUAGCAUAUCAGUAUUACGGAAAACCCCACUACCACAAAUCACCGUCACAAUAUCACCUCCAAGUUCACUGUCCCCUGAUACUUCCUUGGAAGUGGACUUGGAAACCACAAGUCCAUCACCAGAUCCUUUGUUACAUGAUGUUGAGCCAACGUCGUGUGAUUCUGAGGACAUCGUGGUAACAUCAUUAGAUCAGGCAACCAUGAAGCCAUACGAGUUCACAGAAGAGUCUCUUGAGUCCAUGAAGUAUUCCCAGGAGCAUGGGGAACUUGUGAAGGAAAAGAUCAUAGAGAGUCCGGAUCAGUCUACGUACAAAGAAGCCUUUCUAUGGUAUCGGUGGCAGAAAAGGACUGAGAGGAAAGAAUCAAUACAGAGGAGUGCGAGUGUGGAACUUUGGAGUGGGAGAUACGAAUACAACAGUGCAGAAAUCACAUAUGUAUCUCUCACUUUGUGAGCUCAGACUCCAGCCUCAGCAGACAAGAUGUAGCCCAAAGUAUAUCCAUAACUCACAAUUAAUAGCUGCCAGAGUGAUGUUGAGCAAUGGGCCGAUCCGAAUAUAAUAAGAUCAUUGGCAUUCAAAGCAAGGACUUCCUCAUAAAAUGCCGCAAAGAACUGUAUUGAUAGCAGUGAGAGCUAUCAUAUUCUAAGAACUGUCUUCACCUGUGACAAAUUGACUUAACAAUAAUGAUUCAAGAGUAUUCAAUGAAAAUGUUGCACCGGAUGAGAACAACAAGAAACUGACUGUUGUUCAAGAAUUCAGUAACGUCAGCUAUUUUAAGGAAUUCUUUUGGACCAUGCCAAUGCUGCAAAUGACUUUAAAAUUGAACAGUUUUACGGUGUGUGUGUGGGGGUGGGG